AUGUCCAUUCUCACUCACAACGCGGCGUUAGCUCGUCCGCUAACCCCGUCGCAGAACUCGGACUCCUCCACCGCCCUCCAGCCGCACACAAUGGCCGUCAUCCUCAUCAUCGCUUCCUGCUGCAUCGUCUCCACCAACCUCCUGGUCGCCGCCGCUCUGCUCAGGAUCCUGCUGAAGAAGAAGCGUCAGAGCUGGUGUUUCGUGCUGAACCUGGCCGUGGCGGACACUCUGGUGGGCGUGGCCAUCACCGGUUUGGCCACGGAGGAUUUCAACUCGGAGAUUGGGGAUACCAACAACGCCACGCAGAGCAGGCAGUCCAACAUGGCCGCCGUGGCUGGUCACGGCCGCGGCAGGUGUCUGUUGAGGAUGACCUUCGUGAGCUCGCCGUGCAUCGCCUCCAUCAUGUCCAUGUUCCUGAUCUCGCUGGACCGUUACGCCGCCAUCAAGACGCCGCUGAGUUACGCGCGGCGGUCGGGCAAAGGAGUGGCGUUCUGGGCCCUGGUCUCGCUCUGGGUCUGUGCCGUCGUCUUGGGAUUCUUACCAGUGGUGGUUCCGUCCCUUCAGUCCGACCAGUACAGCGGCUUCUGUGACUUCUUCUCUGUGAUCUACGACGUGGGCAUCAUCGUCCUCUACAGCGUCUGCUUCUUCCCCGUGGUCUCCGUCUUCAUCUACAUUUAUCUUGACAUCCUGAAGAUCGCCUGCAGCCACCAGAGGCAGAUCCUGCAGGUGCACCAGGCCGGCUCCCGGACCAGCGAGACCAACGGGCCCACGGACCAGCUCAGCAAGUCGAGGAGCCCGUACUGGAGCCACGUCCGGGCCCUGCGCACCGUGGCCUUGCUGGUGGGCUGCUUCCUGGUUCUCUGGUGCCCGUUCUUCGUGGUGGGGGUGGUGAAGCUGCUGUGUGGGGACUGCCAGCUCACGCAGCUCCUGGAGGGAUACCUGUUCCUGCUGGGCCUCUGCAACUCCCUCAUCAACCCUCUGGUCUACGCCUUCUGGCAGCGGGAGGUGCGGCGGGCGCUGGCCGAGCUGCUGUCCUGCUGCAGGCCCGGACUGCGGGGGCCACCAGGGGGGCCACCGGGGGGGCCACCGGGGAGGCCACCAGGGGGGCCACCGGGGGGGAGCGGCCCACGACCACAGAACACCACCGGGGACUAG